AUUUUACUCUCUAUGAUCUAUUUUUGUGAUCAAAACUUGAAAAUAGUCUAUUUAGGAAAAUUGCCAUUUAGUUUAUAAUAAAUUAAUAACCUAGUGUUGUUACCAUUUUAAAAUUUUGUGUUUUUUCUCAACAUAGCUGAAGUUGUCUACUAAGAAUCAGUCUUGAUUCUUGCCGGUAAAUCUUGCCAGUAAAUUUGGUACAAGUAAAUCUUGCCAAGCGUGGAUCUUCAUAGUACGGUUCAGGUGAUGCAGUUAGACGUAGAUCUUCAGAAAGCAGGUAGUAUUGUCGGUUGUCGAAUCGUCUAUGUAAUUUUUUUCAUAUCAUAAUUGUAACAUCAUAAUAAAUCAGUUUAAAAAAAAAAAGAAUGAGUCUUGAUGAAUAGACUUAAUGGUUAUCAAGUUUAUGCACUGAAGACAUAGCAAGCUACAUUCUCAUCCGCCGGCUGAUGUAUGUCUCCUUCUCGAAGUACUAAGAAUAUAUAAGACAACACAAGAGUCAUUGUGAUAAACCAGUAAAAUAUUGUGGAGCCAUGGCGGGCAUUGAGACUCUCGACCUAGAGAUCCAAGUAAACAUGCCGGCCGAUAGAUUUUUCAACAGUUUCAAGAAUAAGAAAGGAAGUUUCACAGACAAGACAGAAGCAGUUUCUAUUUAUCAUGAUGAUACCAACUACAACUCCUCGAUUCAGAUCUGGAAUCUCAUCGUAGAUGGAAAGAUGGAGCAGAUUAAGGAGAAGACAGAGGUUGAUGAAGAGAACAUGUCGGUUUCUUUCUUAGCUAUGGAAGGAGAUGUGUUGGAGCAGUACAAGAGCUAUAAGAUAACACUUGACGUUGUUCCUAGAGAUGAUGGAGUUUGUAUUGCCAAGUGGAAAUGGGAAUACGAGAAGCUAAACGUCGACGUUCCUCCCCCUACUAAAUACAUCGCAUUCGUUGCUGAUUACACGCGUGAACUCGAGACUAGGUUGUUGUCUGAAUCAUAAACAUCUCAUCAACGUCUUCGAGUUUCCUUGUUAAAAUAAAUCAAGUCUUGUUAUGCAAGAAUCUUUAUUUUCCUUUUGGUUCCUCUUGGGACUUGUUUACAGUUGUUAAUAAUGUAUGUAUGACCUUACCAUACUUGACAUUAAAUCUGAUUGAUUUCUUGUUUUCAGACAACAUUUUAGAAUCAUUGAGUUUACCGUGAUCAUGUUUAAUUCGUAUAUUUGGUACACCGUUUAUAAGUACCUCUUAUAUUGCUUGCUUGAUACG